AAGGUAAGUAGCACUAAGGCCACUUACAAGGUUGGAUGACGCUAGAGAUUAGGAGAAGACCGAACAACCAAAACCAAAAGGCCACGUCUCUUGUGCGUUUCAUUUCAUUCAAUAAUAAUAAUAGAGCUCUUGGCGGUGGGUGACCCUUUUUUUAUAUUUUCGUUUCUAAGCAAGCAUUUGUCUCCGGUGACUAUGGAAAAAGAUCGAAGGCUGGAGCUCGUCGACCAGGCAAUUCAGAAGCUUAUACACGACAACACCAACAAAGUCCAUGAAUCCCUCCAUAGCCAUGACACAGACACUCAAUACCAAAACGCUCUUGCCCAACUUCUCUCUGUCUCUCAGCAGUUGAAAGUGUUGAAAGGAGAUGAGAUAGUUGAGCAAUAUGAGGAUGCUGAGGAUGAAACGAGUGUUCCUAGUUCUUCUGAGCCGGUGGCUUCUGUAAUUCAGAAAACAGAAGGCGAAAAUGAGGAUGCUGAGGGAAGUGAAAAUGAUGAGAUAGUGAAAGAGCUGAAGGAGGUGAAGAGGCAGAACUUCAUAACUCAUUGUCUUCUUUCGGUGAUGAUUGUCCUCACUGUGACUUGGCAACUAUCAGAGGUCUCUCUUAUUUUGAGGGUGAAAGAUGGACUAAGCCACCCUUUUAGAUCCUUUGGAAAUAUGCUAAGAGGGAUGGUGAAAGUCCCAAACGUGAAUGGCCAGGAAGCUGAUGACAAAGAAAAUUCAACUGAAUCUUCAUCCCUUCCUUCUCUGGGGAUUCCAGAUAUGUCUCACAAUGGAUUGACAGGAAACGAAUGAAACUUGCCGUUUUCUUUAAGUGCUUGAUCCGUUCUCAGUUGGUUCAAGAUGAUAAUGAGGGGAAUGGAUUUGCAGCUCUCCCUCCCAAUGUUCAUAAUCCCACUUCUUGUGGCGUUUUCAACUGUUAAUAGGUUUUGAGUCUUCUUGUGCAUAUUCAUGCAUUACCAUUGUUUCCAAAUUGUCAUGUUGGUGGGGUUUUAGUCAUUUCAUGGAAAAGUUCAAUUUC